GUCAUAUUAGCAUUAAAAGCUUUUACUGACUGAGACUUUCAAAACCAAAAUUCCAAUAUGGAAGACAGCGUUGAAACCAUAGCCGAAAACCAGUAAGUAUCUGAAUUGUAUUUGAGUCAAAAUGUCAAGCAAGAAGAAGCGAGAUCUUGUGAAUGUCAGUAGCAUUCGUUCCACACCCACAAGUGCAGCAAGCCAGAGUCGCAAUGCAAGCAGUGCCUCUAGUCAGAAACAUGGCAGAAAGAGUAACCAGUCUGCGAAUGAGAGUCUUCAUUCUAGCACUGACGAAAUCCUGAGUCUGGAGGGAGGUGACAAUGUACUGGAACUGGUGCGGGGCUACGAUUUACGAGCUCAUCUUCAGCAGCUCAUGAUGUUCACAGGAGAUGAUGAUGAGGAAGUGGAUGAGGAUCAUGUGGAUGAGAGUGAUGACUACAGCCUGGAGAGCCUGAGUGAUGCUGAUGAUCGCGAUGCAGAGCUACAGCAGUUGGCACUGCAAGGGCCGGACACUGCCCACCCUCACACCCCUCUGCCAACCAGCAGCAACAAUGCACCACCACUUGUUCCCAUUGAUGAAGAGGAGGACCCGAUAGAGUUGGGAAGUGACGAGGAGAACGAGAUUAUGCGUGAGAUACGCAACGAGAUCACAAACAACGUGCGGCAGGAAAUGAAGUCAGAGCUUGAGCUGUAUCAACACAAGAUGAACAAGCUCGAGAACUCAGAUGGCACUCCUGGGAAGGGUUCUGCAGGUGAGGGAUCAGGGGUCGGAAAUGUGACCUCUGACCUUGAUGCACUUGACCCUGCCCUGAAGGCCGCCAUUAUCAAAAUGAGGAAACUAGAUAAGAUCCUUGCCAAGCGGGUGAAAAAGGAACGGGAAGUGAAACGCGACAGGAUUUUGUUAGAACGCAGGAUUCGCCGGGAGAUUGAAGAACUCCACAAAACAAAAAAGGACGAGUACAAAGAGGUCAUGAACAAUGAACAGAAGUUCCUGGCCCUUGAGCUUCCACAGAGACACAAUGAGGGAGUGCGAGUACCAGAUGAGUUCACAGGGGAGGAAGUGUUUGCCACACAACUAAACGAGGAUGACUACCCAUGCCUAGGGGGCAGAGCACCUAGACAGAAUAGAGGUGCAGGCAGGUCACAGAAGCGUGGUGGGGAGGGCUCUGGGAGUGAGGACGGUUCUGGGUCCCGGGCAGGGGCCAGCUCUGUCACCACUGAUAGCACAGAAAGACAAAGGGGCCGGAAGGGCAAGGACUUUAUCAAGAGGAACAAAGAGUUGGCAGCUGAUGCCAACAACCUGAUUGCUAUGACAGAAGAAGAGAAGCGGAGACUGGAUGAUCUACUGGCAGACAUGGACACCUUGCCUGAUAUAGCAGACAACAUGCAUCUGGAUGAGAACAACCCAUUCCAAAUCGCAGUUAAGCCUGGCGACGGGUUCAUACCAGAUGAGGACGAGUUGCGGUCCCUGACCUCGAUAGAUUCACGCCUCAAGGAGCUCUUACCGCCAGAGGAUUAUGCUUCGAUUGCGUCCUCCUCUCUCAGUCACGUGCCAAAGAACUCAUUAUUCACACGCACUGGGGUGAAACAUGAGGUAGACUGGAAAAGCCGCGGAGAGAGGGCGCUUUUCCAGAAUGCAGAACAGCGAGAAAUGAACGAACGACUGCAGGCUAUAGAAAUGGAGCUCGCAAAAUUAAAAAACCCUGAUGAAUUAGAGCUGGAGACUCCCAGGUUGAAUCCAGACCAGCUCCAUGACCUGAUUGACCAGUGUGUGACCUCCCUGUCCAUGUCCAGAAUGACCUUCACCUCCGAGUCCAGGUCGUCAUUCACUGACACUGAGUCGCUGAUCAGUCACAACUUGGACGGGUCAGAGUCCACGGUGGACAACACUCCAAGGUCCCCCCGGUCUGCCAGGCAGGAUUUGCUGGACAACCCUCCUCACCUGGCUCCGGAGGUACUGCAGAAACUGUUGUGUGAGGCGUACCACCCCCUCUCAAAACAGCUGUCCACCCUCAAAGAGGAGGAGGAAGGCAAGGAUGAGACGCCGAUCCCAUCUGAGGUGUGGAGACUGAUCUCCAUGGAGACGGGGCACGGUGGGCCAGCAGGGGACAGUAUGGACACACUUUCAUUGGUCAGCCUCUCACAGUCACUGAUCGCGGGUGGGGGCACCAACGACACUGACCGCAUGUUCGAGCCCUCCAACAACAACACUGACCAGAUUUUGGGAAUUGCUGACCAAGACAUGGACCGGAUGUUAACAGCUGCUGACCUGAAUGAAAACUGUGAAACAGCUAUGCCUGAGAAAUUGUUCUCAAAGUCCAGAAACUAUGCAAGUGUUGAGAAUGGGUUGAAAUCUGUGUCUAGAACGUCUUCAGCUUCUAGUUUAACCAGUGUGUCAGAUAUUGGCCGUGAAAGUGUGGAAGUAAGGGAAAAGGAGAUGCUGAAAUUGCCAGAGAUUGACCCAACUGGAAUGCUGGUCACCCAGGGGCUGAAUAAUAACAAGAAACAAGUGAAUGGACACAAAACAGCUGUGAGCUUUGUGAGGAAUAGCCUGUCAGACAGCAAGAUGGAAAAUGGGGGCGGGACAGACUCACGGCUUGAACUUAUCUCACUGGACGGGGAAAUGAUGAGUCCCCACCCGCCGGUAGAAGAGAGGCACAAGGGAAGUGGGGGAAAAUCACGGUCUGCCAGUCGAUCUAGCGUCACCUGAGGGGAAUACAAUCUAAAUGUUAAUGCUGAAUUGUUGGUAGACCAAGCAGAUAAUUUGACAGUUUUCAUAAUGUCAUUAAUUACUACAUUUGUCGAAGUGUGUUAAUCAAUCUUAUAAUUCCAGUAAAGAUAUUGUUGUGUUUCUGUUUUGUUUUGUUAAUAUUGAACACAGUCUGCAAAAAUGCCUAAACUUUGUUUCCUUUGGAAAAUACCAGUUGAACCUUUUCAAAUGGACUUUGGGUGCUUUUUUCAAACUAAAUGUAAGUCAUACUUUAUAUCAGCCUACAAGUCGUGGCUUCUUCAAUAUUAUUUUGAAUUGAACGUCAAUCUGUGAUAUAAAACUGGACCAGACUGGCUUCUGAUCGCGUGCUUGUUAACUUGACUGGUUACAGUGCAUGCUUGAAUGUACCAUUUCAUCUGUAUAGUAUAGUACGUUGAUUUCGUAUAUAGAAUAGUUAAGCACAUUAUUUAUGAACUUUGUGUAUUUGAGUUAUUUGUAUUAUUAAAUUAUUAUUGUUUAAAAUAAACAUGAAAACUUA